UCCUCAAGGUGGUCUGAAAUUCUAUUAGAUGAGGGUACAUGUACUCUUCUGUGGAAGUUCAUUUUAUGCUUUGACUGCUAUAUCUACAAGUUUUAUUAUCAAUAUGCUAGUGUUCUGAAGUUGAUGUGUUAAUAAUCAAAUGUUUUAAUGUUUAUUCUACUUAAAACAUAAUAGAUGGAGACCAGCAGCGUGGCAGCAGGAGCUAAUGUUGGUUGUGAUGAGGCGUAUACCACCAUCAACAAUGCUGCAAUUGCAGUCACCACCACCACUGCUAAUGCCACCACCACCAAGUCUGCUUCUGCCACUGCCAUCACCAUUGCCACCGCCACUACCAAGACCACUCCUGACACAAAGCCCCCAAGUCCUCAACUGACCAGAUAUUGCAGCUGGAGAAGGAUAGACCAGGAACUUCAAAGCCAGGGCUUGCCGGUCUCCUACGAUAAGAAAAAUGCCAAGGGCCCAUCUAAAGAACUUGUAGCAGAAUAUUUGGCCACAGUUGUAGAAAUGCAGAGACUAACAAACUACCACAGGCUUUGUCCGCAGUUCCAGAAAGACACAAGAUAGUAUCAGAAAUCCAUGCCAAAAUCAAUGACUGAAGGGUUUGGAGAGCCAGAUAAAGAGCCUAGAAAUGUGAUUUAACAGUACUUCAAUCACAUGAACAGUAGCAGGAGCAAAAACAGCAGCAAACACACAGGAGAUGUAACGACUACAUUGACCAACAACUACAGCAGCAUCAACAAUUUCUGCAGGAGAUGCAAAAACCACACUGGCAACCUCAACAACAUCAAGGUGUCCAACAAGCACUCCGGGAACGUUAACAGCAACCACAGCUUCAGCUGGAGUUUCAACAAA